ACGCGUCAUGCCCGGCCUGCGCGGCACACCAGCAGGGAUAACAACGAGUUCGACGCCGUCAAGGGCCUUGCUGAGGUCCUCCUUGGCGUAGCCCGUCACCUUGGCGGGAGAACAGAUGUGGGAAAGGUCUGCAGCAACGCCAGGCGCACCGCGAACAUCGUAGCAGCUGAUUGCAGACACCAAAGGAUUGUUCUUCAUCAAGAGGGCAAGGGGCUGGCCAAUGCCACCAGCGGCACCAAGGACGGCAACCUUGCUGAGGCAGGCGGCAGAAGUGCGCAUCAUCGCUCGUACUUUCUGUGUAUUACUUGA